CAGUACGCUUGCUGCUGAGUGGAACUGGUAAACCCGAAGCAAGAAUGGAGUGCAUAAGCGGCGGCGCGAGGACCGACAGUGGUUAUAAUUUUACGACUCGGCAGUGUCGUUUAGUUCGUGAACGAGAAAGGAACUGCACUGCGGUUGGGAGACACGUCGGUCCCGAGAACGAACACUACAUUUAUUGAAGCUGCUUGAAGUUGAAGCUGCUGUCGAUGGGUGGUUUUUAGUUCCGCGACAAUCGUCGUCCCAACAAACUUCAAUAAAUGUAAUACAUCAGCCAGCAGCAUCCCGCCAUGGAAAGUACGAUGAGAGAACUUUCCCUUCUAGAAGAGAAGAGUAAGCUGUGGCGGAAGCAUCACGAGGAGCAGAGUGAGAUGUGGCGAAAGUAUUAUGAAGAAGAACAACGCCGCAUCGAAGAAGAAUACCAGCAAGAACUGGUGAAAAUGGAGGAAGAAUUCGAAAAGGCAGCACAAAAAAUGAGAGCAGAUUUCAGCGCGAAGAGGAAAGCAGUGCUACGGCAAUACUACGGGAGUAAGGUAAGCGAGGGGACGGUGGAGGAGCCGAUUCCAAUACGUGACAAAACCCAGCCACAAAAUGACUGCACUAAAACGUCGUGUCCGAAAAAAGCAGUCUCUUCAUCUUCUGUGCAACAAAGCGUCAUCAGCGGUGAUCGAGUGUGUACGUCUCACACAAAGCGCGAAGAGCUCACCAAAACAGCACCAGCUGAUUUUCCGACAGCUGUUUCAUUCGUCAGAGCCCAAUCUCCGACGUCACCUAGCCACAGGAGCGAUGUUGCAGAGAAUGAAUCAGAAGUCAAAACUAAUCCCGCAAAAACAAUGGCCUUUGCUGCGUGUGACGUGUACGGGUGCUGUGCGAAACAAAACUGUUCGGAUGUGUGCGCUCGCCGCCGGCGCGAUAGAAAGCGAGGCGAUCGUCAUCGAUUAAAAACGUUGCUGUUUGAUCCCGGUGGGUAUUGUGUUCUAAGCAGUGGAACGAGUUGGCUUGAUUUGCGUGUACCUACCGCAAUUUACAUCUACUGCAGUACGGUGCCGCCAUCUAGAUCAAGGUUGCUGUGUAGCAAAGCAUUUCGCCAAUCUGGAAGAGCAUCGAUCAAAAAUGGACCCGUUCAAGAAUGUGAAUAUCUAGUUCGUCACCAGUUCCACGGGGGGGAAUGUUGCGUACAGUUUCAGUACGCUUGCUGCUGAGUGGAACUGGUAAACCCGAAGCAAGAAUGGAGUGCAUAAGCGGCGGCGCGAGGACCGACAGUGGUUAUAAUUUUACGACUCGGCAGUGUCGUUUAGUUCGUGAACGAGAAAGGAACUGCACUGCGGUUGGGAGACACGUCGGUCCCGAGAACGAACACUACAUUGUAAGAUGUAAAAAGUUAUGUAAUUAUUCAUUUAUUAAAUAAACAUAUUUGCAGUAUUGAAGCUGCUUGAAGUUGAAGCUGCUGUCGAUGGGUGGUUUUUAGUUCCGCGACAAUCGUCGUCCCAA